UUUUCAACCAGCUGCAGAGCUGCCUCCGCUCUGCUCUGCGCGUACGUAUUUCUCUCCCCUCUCUCUUUUUUUUCUCUUCUUCCUCCACACCAACCUUUUCCUCACCUGGUCUUCUCUUCCAAUUCGUGCACCAUUAGUCGCUGUCACGAUCGAUCGAGGGAGGGCGUCGCCACCCCUCCAAAUCUGCCUCCCCCCCAACCCCCGAGAUUUGAUUCCGUAAACACGCCGGCCGGGUUCUUGUUCGCGCUGCGCCGCCGUGAUACUUCGUAGCUGCGGCCUGCGGGGGUGGCUGGGCUGUGUUCUUGGAUCGGCUGGGAGAAGGCGCCGCGUGGCUCCUUUGGCUGGCUCGGGGAUCUUGCCUCGCCCGCCGCCGGGUUGAUCUCGUUUCCUCGGUACUAAAAUUGCAAACUUACAGCUGAUAGGAAGAAUCUGAGAAAGAAUGGGGAUGUGCUGCAGCAGAGCCACGUCUCCGGAUUCUGGUCGAGGAGGAGCCAACGGUUAUGGCUAUUCUCACCAGGCAAAAUCUGCUCAGGCGCCUCCCAGCUAUAACCAUCCUCAGCCGCCACCGCCAGCCGAGGUGAGAUACACACCGCCAGCAAUGAACCCUCCGGUUGUCCCACCUGUGGUUGCCCCACCAAAGCCCACCCCAGACACAAUUCUUGGAAAGCCGUAUGAAGAUGUGCGCUCGGCUUACUCCCUCGGAAAGGAACUUGGCAGGGGACAGUUUGGGGUGACAUACCUGUGUACAGAGAUCGCUACUGGUAAGCAGUAUGCUUGCAAAUCCAUCUCGAAGCGCAAGCUUGUAAGCAAGGCUGACAAGGAGGACAUUCGCCGGGAGAUCCAGAUCAUGCAGCACCUAUCCGGACAACAAAACAUAGUCGAGUUCCGGGGAGCAUACGAGGACAAGAGCAAUGUCCAUGUUGUGAUGGAGCUCUGUGCUGGUGGGGAGCUGUUCGAUCGUAUCAUAGCCAAGGGGCACUACUCAGAGCGUGCGGCUGCUACCAUCUGCAGGGCAGUGGUGAAUGUUGUCAACAUUUGCCAUUUUAUGGGAGUGAUGCAUCGCGACCUGAAACCAGAGAACUUCUUACUUGCAACCAAGGAAGAGAAUGCAAUGCUCAAAGCCACUGAUUUUGGGCUCUCAGUUUUCAUUGAAGAAGGAAAAAUGUAUAGGGACAUUGUUGGAAGUGCUUAUUAUGUCGCUCCUGAAGUUCUUCGGCGAAAUUAUGGUAAAGAGAUUGAUGUAUGGAGUGCUGGUGUUAUUCUGUACAUUCUUCUCAGUGGUGUUCCUCCAUUCUGGGCUGAAACUGAAAAGGGAAUAUUUGAUGCUAUUCUUCAAGGGGAGAUUGAUUUUGAGAGUCAGCCAUGGCCAUCGAUAUCUGAGAGUGCUAAAGACCUUGUUAGAAAGAUGUUGACACAAGAUCCAAAGAGAAGAAUUAGUUCAGCCCAAGUUCUUCAACAUCCAUGGCUAAGAGAAGGAGAAGCAUCUGACAAACCUAUUGACAGUGCUGUUCUUUCUAGGAUGAAGCAAUUCAGAGCAAUGAACAAGCUGAAAAAGAUGGCUCUGAAGGUUAUUGCUUCAAACCUUAAUGAGGAGGAGAUCAAGGGCCUGAAGCAAAUGUUCACAAACAUGGACACAGACAACAGCGGGACCAUCACAUAUGAAGAACUCAAAGCAGGAUUAGCCAAGCUUGGAUCAAAGCUGUCAGAAGCUGAAGUAAAGCAGUUGAUGGAAGCUGUAUGGCACCAAUCCUGGACCAUUAGCAUUUCUCUGAACCAUCAUUUAUUGACCUUCUAUGCUAACCUUCUUGUCCAUUUCCAGGCUGAUGUGGACGGCAAUGGAUCCAUCGACUACGUUGAAUUUAUCACGGCCACAAUGCAUAGACACAAGCUCGAAAGAGAUGAGCAUUUGUUCAAGGCAUUCCAGUAUUUUGACAAAGACAGCAGUGGCUUCAUCACAAGAGAUGAACUGGAAUCGGCCUUAAUAGAGCAUGAAAUGGGCGAUACCAGUACCAUCAAGGAUAUCAUAUCAGAGGUUGACACUGAUAAUGAUGGGAGGAUUAACUACGAGGAGUUUUGCGCUAUGAUGAGAGGAGGGGUGCAGCCGCCUAGGCUCAAGUAGUAUAUGUUUCCUUGUAGAAAAUGUACCAUCACAUUAGUAAACUGUUUUCCUCUUUUUUUUUGUUCUUUUUUUUUGGGGGCAUGGAUGGUAGUCGAUUGUCACUUGCUAGUCGACGGAUAAAAGGUUUACUGUGGACGCAGCAUUUGCAUUGUUGAGAUGAUUGUGUAUAUUUUCUUGCCUUGUUUGCUUGCGUAUGGUGUUUGCUGUAGUAAUUUGAACGGUUCUCCCCUUUUGUAAGUUGGUUUAUGCAAGUACACAUAAUAAAAGCAAUUUUUGCAUCUCA